AUGGCCGUCUCGUCGCUCCCGCCCCCACGGCGCACACCGCCAAAGACGCAGCCUUCAAAGCUCAAGGUCCGCGCCAUGUGCAACUCCAUCGACCAGUACUUUGAGUACAUCCACAACCAGAGCCCCGUGAAGCUUCGCCGAUUCAGGUCAAUCGAACCGCAGUCGAAAGGGCGCCUGGGAGGGUGGAAGACGUACGAAAGACUGCAGUCGGCAUCGGUAGCCGUCUCGUUCGAGGAAGAGGCCUUCUGGGGGAACGAGAUCAGGAUGAAAUUUGAAGAGGAGUUCGAGGAGCUCAGCGGGGGAAGUGAGGAGGACAGCGACGAGGAUGAGGACGAGGAAGAGGAGCAGCGACCGCAGCAGCAACAGGAGAGGGAAGUCAAGGGAGAAAACAAAAAGGCGUAA